AUGCGUCGGUCUUCAUUACGUUCCAACGGAACCCCAUCUUCUAGUAGACAUGAUUCAAUAGAGCCAGCCGUCUCAAGCGGCAGCCGUCUUACUCGCUCUGCCUCGUCUAGAAAUUUGUCAGCCACCCCUCAGCCGAACGACCCAGAUGUCGUUGGCUCUGAUACAGGUGAUUCUGUCACGUCUAAGAAGCCAAGGGGACGACCUAGGAAGUCGUUACUUAUCGAAAGUAUGACCAACUCUACCUCAUCGUCUUUCGUGGACGACGUUCCAGCACCUGCUCGGCGGCCGGGCAGACCUAGAAAGUCUACCACUGCUACGAGUGUGUCUCUUUCUUCAGCCCCCACCCCUAUGAAUGCAUCUUCAGAGGAUGACCUUUCUACUCCCCCAACAAGCAACCUUCCAACCCCUCUCGCCACAGAUUUGUAUGCCCCAGUAUUGAAAUUAGGUUCAUCAUCAUCAAUGGUUGUUGAAAUUCCGACUCGUAAUGGGAGACCAGACGGGGCAAAUCGGGAACGAGCCCUUCGGUCAAGCAAAUUCUCCAUGGUCUCCAACGCUCGAAAUAAGAAGUCUGAAAUUGGAGACAGCGAUGAAGAUGAGGAAGAAUUUUCAGACAAUUCCCCUAAUGCUCAGGUUGCUCGCCGACUACAGAGGGAAGAGAAUGCUAAACUUUCCCCCCCGAACCCUCGGUCUACCCGUCGAUCAUCAAAAUUUACGCCAGUCCCUGGCCAAUCAAAUCAAGCUGGCCCCAAGCGUGGAAGGGCUUCUACAGAUGCGGCAACUAGGGCGAGCCGGUCUUCCAAAAGAGCUAAACUCGUCAUAUCCGAUUCUGAGGACCAGCUUGAUGUGGAUGAAGAGCUUGCGCGUGGUCUAGACUAUGAGAUGAACGAUGCUGGCGCAUUAUCAACUGUCGAGAAUGAUGGCGACACUGAAGAACACACUGAAGAUGAGGAGGAUGAGGAGGAGUAUGAUGCCAAUGAAGUUGAUGAUGUCGCCGCUUUGUCUCGAGCGCAGCCCAAAUCCUCGAUAAGGACAACAGCGAAAAGUAACAACCGAAGGUCCCGGGGACCAGGAACUGUCCCCACCGAGAGAACCCCCCAAAGCAAUGAUGUUGAUAUUCUAACUGAGGGUUCUGAAGCGGACGAGCCGACUCCUUCUGAGCCAAGCAUGUCUCUUAGUUCGAACCUUAGUAGUGAGGAGGACGAAGAGGAGGUACCGCUUGCGAGGAUCACAGAGCAGCGCCGAGCCUACAGACGACCAGAGAACCGAGGGCGGGUCAAGAAAGAACGCAGUCGUCUCGAGAAACACCAUCCGGAGCUGUUAACAAUGUGGAAAGAUCUUGAGGAUAUGCCAGUUCUCAAAGUUGGAAAAGCGCCACAACCCUCAACAAUAUCCCGGCAGCUGAAGCCAUUUCAACUUGAGGGGCUUGCUUGGAUGAAAGCAAUGGAACAGCACAAAUGGAAAGGCGGUCUCCUUGGUGAUGAGAUGGGACUUGGCAAAACAAUCCAGGCGGUUUCGCUUAUCAUGUCGGAUUACCCUGCUAAGCAGCCAUCUUUGGUGCUUGUCCCGCCUGUUGCUCUUAUGCAAUGGCAAUCGGAAAUAAAAUCGUACACUGACGGAACACUCAAGACCUUUGUUUUCCACGGUACUAACCAGAAGUCAAAGGGAAUGACUGUCAAAGAAGUGAAGAAGUACGAUGUCAUCAUGAUGUCUUACAACAGUCUGGAAUCCAUGUAUCGGAAGCAAGAGAAGGGGUUUAAACGCAAGGACGGUAUGUACUUCGAGAAGAGUAUCAUCCACGCAGUCCAGUUUCAUCGAGUCCUUCUUGAUGAGGCACACAGUAUCAAGACAAGGAGCACCAUGACUGCCAAGGCAUGCUUUGCUCUCAAGGCAGAUUAUCGAUGGUGCUUGACAGGAACCCCUCUCCAGAAUCGCAUUGGCGAGUUUUUCUCUCUCGUGCGUUUCCUCAACAUCAGCCCCUUUGCAUCCUAUCUGUGUAAGCAAUGCCCAUGCUCGACUCUGGAAUGGAAUAUGGAUGAAGAAAAGCGUUGCUCCCAGUGCAAUCACGCGGCUAUGCAACACGUAUCCGUUUUCAACCAGGAAUUGCUGAAUCCCAUUCAAAAGUUUGGAAACCUAGGACCCGGUCGCAUCGCCCUCGGAAAGCUACGACUAAUGACUGAUCGAAUUAUGUUGCGUCGGCUCAAGAAGGACCACACUAACUCUAUGGAGUUGCCUGUCAAGGAGAUUUAUGUUGAUCGCCAAUUCUUUGGCGAGGAAGAGAAUGAUUUUGCCAAUAGUAUCAUGACAAGUGGUCAGCGCAAGUUUGAUACAUAUGUGGCGCAAGGUGUUCUCCUGAACAACUAUGCCAACAUUUUUGGAUUGAUCAUGCAGAUGCGCCAGGUUGCCGAUCACCCGGAUUUGAUCUUGAAGAAGAACGGCGAGGGGGGCCAGAACGUACUUGUUUGCUGCAUUUGCGAUGAGCCAUCCGAGGAUACCAUCCGCAGCCAGUGCAAACAUGACUUUUGCCGAGCUUGCGUGACAAGCUACGUCCAUUCUACCGACGUGCCUGACUGUCCCCGCUGUCAUAUUCCCCUGACCAUUGACCUUGAGCAACCUGAGAUCGAACAGGACGAAGCUCUUGUGAAGAAGAAUUCCAUUAUCAAUCGUAUCAAGAUGGAAAACUGGACCUCGUCUUCCAAGAUCGAGCUGCUUGUCCAUGAAUUACACAAGCUACGUUCUGACAAUGCGACCCACAAGUCCAUCAUUUUCUCGCAAUUUACUACCAUGUUACAGCUUAUUGAAUGGCGCCUUCGCCGAGCUGGUAUUACAACAGUUAUGCUGGACGGCAGCAUGACGCCUGCCCAGCGUCAGGCCUCGAUUGAACAUUUUAUGAACAAUGUGGAUGUUGAAUGCUUCUUGGUUUCUCUCAAGGCCGGGGGUGUCGCUCUGAAUCUGACGGAAGCUUCCCGUGUCUUCAUCGUUGACCCGUGGUGGAAUCCUGCGGCAGAAUGGCAAUCAGCCGACCGAUGCCAUCGAAUUGGCCAAGCUCGGCCUUGUACCAUCACAAGACUCUGCAUAGAAGAUUCAGUAGAAAGCCGAAUGGUGUUGAUUCAAGAGAAGAAGACAAGCAUGAUUCACUCAACCGUCAAUUCGGAUGAUAAAGCUUUGGAGUCUCUUUCACCACAGGAUAUGCAGUUCCUGUUCAGGGGGUCUUAA